AUUACAACUCAGUGAAGCCUUUUCUUUUUCCUCUUUUUGCUCUGCGAGCGAGUUGCAGAAUCGGUCCCCUCAAAACACCAUCAUCACUACCUCCAUUAAAAUCCUCCAUGAAGCAUUAUAGUUUCGAGAAUCGGUUUCACAUCAUGAACUCCUCCUCUAAAACUCCAACCCACAUUCUCUUUAAAUUCCCAUAACCACAGUUUCAAUCUGAACUGAACCCAUUUCUCUUCUUCAAUGGCGGAGGCACCGGACCCAGCUUCUGAGGCAGUUCCACGAACCCCAUGUAUAGCUGAAACCAGACCCCAAAUGGUUUCACACUCUGACCCAUUUGGCCUCGGACCCACCGGAAGUGGCUCUUCCACUCCCCCACCUGGGAUUCGACGGGUCAAUUUCAGGGCUGUGAUCGACACCAACCCCCCUUUUGGGUCCGUCAAAGAGGCCGUCACCCGGUUCGGCGGCAGCGGCCCAUGGAUACCCUUUUCCAAGGGGAUUGAGGAGUUUGAUAUUAAGAGAAUGGAGGAGCAAACAGCUGAGUUGGAGAAAGAUUUGAUCGUUAAAGAAUUAGAAACACUUGAUGUAUUGGAAGAAUUAGGUGCAACAAAAAGAAUGGUGGAAGAGUUAAAAAGGCAGCUGAGGACAGAAGCAUUGAAAUGCUUUCCACCGCCAAAUUUUCAUUCAGGGGAACAGACUCCAACUCCUACUACUGUUAAAGAAAUUGAGGAAAGUUUUGGUGAUUUCACUAACAAUCAUGAGCAGCAUGUGUUAGGAGAUUCAUGUCCAUCACCUGACAUGAUCUUAAUGGAGUUGAAGCAAGCAAAAAUGAACCUUGGAAAGACUAUAAAUGAUCUGGGUGUCAUUCAAACUUCUGUGGAAUCGCUCAAUAGGAAAAUGAAGAGAGAAAAGAGUUUGCUGGCCAAGAGACGAGAUGGGGUUGUGCCAAAGCCGAAGCUUUCUUGUCCAUUGACAUUGGAUGAGGAGCUCAAACCAAUUCAGAUAAAGUCCCAAGUGACUGAUGAUAUUGAAUUUAAAGAUGUAUCUGAGAAUUCAUUCCAUACGUUGAGGGAGCCUCCUCAGCUGAACCCAAUGGGUGGACAAACAAAUGGAGUGAAAUCUGAUUAUUUGGCAGCAAAUGAGCAGAAGAUGGCUAGUUUGAGAACUGCAGAGCUAAGGUUGGUAGCAGCGAGGAAAAUGGAAGAGGCUGCAAGAGCAGCAGAGGCAGUGGCUUUAGCUGAAGUUGAAGCUUUAAGUUGCAUUGAUAAUUCAGCUGGAUUUUCUUUGCAAGAGCCUGAAACUGUGGCAUUUAACUUCAAAGAGCAAUCUCUCUUAAACCCCAACACUCAGAAACCUGAGGAAUAUCAGUUUGAUGAGACAAAUUCCUCCAAAUUGUCCAUAGCAAAGAAGUUGAAGGAAGCAAAAGAGGAGCUUAAUCUUGGCAAGAAAGCUUUGGAGGAGGCUUUAAAUAGAGUUGAACUUGCAAAUAGAAAGCAACUAGUAGCUGAAGAAACUCUAAGAAAAUGGGCACCAGAACACAAGGGACCUGCCAUUUACUACCCAAGUAGCCUCAACAAUUUCCACCAUUCCGCUCUCGCGAACUUUCAUCCAUCCAUUCAUCAAGGCUCUCCGUUACACAACAUGAGUAGGCCAGAACUUGUAAUGAAAAAGGAUUCAAAGCCUGUUCUAAGAUCUACCAUUUCGAUGCGAGACGUGCUAAGCAGGAAGCAAGGUUUAUCAGGAGACAGCAUAGGAAGAAGGGAAAGCCAGUGUGAAAAACAGAAAGUUGCUUUGAGUCAAAUGCUCCAUCUCCAUGCAUUAAGAGAGGAUCUAACAUUUCCUUCAAAAAUAGAGAAUGACAGAAAUGAACAAAAGAAUCUUUCAACAGAAAGAAAGAGAUUUGGCUUCAUCCACAUAGCUCUCCCCAUGAAGAAGCAAAGUAAGAAAAAGCCACAAUCAUAAACAAAGUACAGUAUCAUCCAAUUGUUGAAGGAAGGAAGUGUGAGGUUCUAACAUAUAUUUUAUUUAUUCAUUAGUUGCUAUCUGUUUUGAGUGAUGUGCUAUAAUACCACAGUUGUGAUAUUCAAUAAUUUUUCAGUUAUCUUUUUCAUUGGUUGUUAAAUGUUUCGGUUUGAGAUUUCUUAGGGGGAUUUGUUGAUGCUGAAAUUUCAUUGUUGAUGAGUAUAAUGUGUGCUAGGCAAUUAAUGUUGGAAGUGUAUUUUGCCCUUAAAUUUAGCUUUUGAUAUGACAUAUCCUCUGUUAAUGAUC